AUGAAAAAAGUCCGCAGUGAGGACGAUGGACAGGAAAACCAGGCCUACAAAGCUCUGUUGACGCUGCUGGAUGACGGCGAGACACUUGUUCACAAACUGCCCAAACAGCGGGCGGUGGAGAUCCAGUCCAAGGGCAAUAUUGAAGGUGCAAGCGAUAACGAAGAGGAGGAAGAGAGCGAUGAUGAGAUCCAAGUCGAAGACGAUAACGAGGGAGACUGCAAGGACCCGUUUGAGUGGCACUUUGCCUCUGCUGAUCUGGAAAAUGUCGACACCCCCACAAAAUGGAAGUCUGUUAAGCGCCAAUUAGUCGAGCUAGGGUCUCGAUCAGUGCUGCAGCUGCCCGAUCCUGCUAUUGACUUGGGCCAAGUGCCAAAAGUAUCAGGCAUUGGCAGCCUCAAGCUGAAAUACCGUAUUAUAAAACCGUUUGAGCAAGUAAACCCCGAACUUAGCUCUCUCCAAACCGAGUUGGCUGGACCGCUGUUUGGGUAUCAGGACAUUUUCGUUUCGAAUCGGACCUGGGAGAAUGCACAACAGAUCCAGAAUCUGUACGUUUUGCACGCAAUGAAUCAUAUUUUGAAAACAAGAGACCGUAUUUUGAAAAACAACAACAGACUGUCUGCGGACACCAAUCUCGAACCUAAGGAUCAGGGAUACACUCGCCCCAAAGUGCUUUUCCUUGUUCCCACGCGUAACUCGGCCGUCAAGCUUGUUGAGACAAUUAUUGCAGUUUCUGGACUGUCGCAAAUCGAAAGCAAGAAACGAUUUAUGGGUGCCUUCAACGAAAAGACCGAGCCUGCGGGCAACAAACCCGAAGACUUUCAACAGCUGUUUGCUGGCAACACUAAUGAUCUGUUCUGCCUGGGUAUCAAGUUCACAAGACAGGCUGUGAAGCUGUACUCUAGCUUUUACUCGAGUGACAUCAUUGUAGCCAGUCCUUUAGGACUGCGUAUGAUCAUCGGAAACGAGGGAGACAAAAAGCGAGAGUUUGACUUUUUGAGUUCGAUCGAGCUGAUGGUUGUGGACCAACUUGAUGCUAUUCAGAUGCAGUCAUGGGAGAAUCUCACCCAUAUUUUCCGCCACGCUAAUCUUAUGCCCAAAGAAUCACACGGUUGCGACUUUAGUCGUAUUCGGCCCUGGUACCUCGAUCAGAAGGCCAAGCUGCUCCGCCAAACAGUUUUGGUGUCCGCAUACACAACACCAGAAAUGUCGAAUCUAAUGUCAAAACAGUGCCUCAAUAUCGGGGGCAAGCUGCGCUGCCGUCUCGAAUACCACGGAAGCAUGGCAACCAUUGGUGCUCGCAUCCGCCAGGUGUACCACCGCCUACCCCCCGUAAGUUUCGAUCGGGAGGCUAAUGAGCGAUUCGAUUAUUUCACCAACGUCUUGCUUCCCGGCUUACUUCGUGGAGCUUCCCAUGACGGUACCCUAGUGUUUAUUCCCUCUUACCUCGACUUUGUACGGGUCAGAAAUUAUAUGGAAAAGCACAACCACAGCUUUGUCGUUUUGAGCGAGUACACUUCUCAGUCACAAGUCUCAAGAGGCCGUACGUACUUUGCUGAUGGUCGCAGUAAAAUCAUGUUGUAUUCACAGCGUCUGCAUCACUUCCGCCGGUACAAUAUCAAGGGCUGUAAAAACAUCGUGUUCUACGGGCUCCCGGACAACCCCAAGUUCUACCAAGAGAUUGUGCGCUUCCUUGCUCGUACGAGCAUCGAAAAGGGCAUCGAUCCGGACCUGCUACGCGUCCAGGUUGCUUAUUCUAAAUGGGAUAGUCUGAAACUAGAACGCAUUGUGGGCAGCAACCGGGUUGGCCCCCUGGUCGAAGGACUGAACGAUAUGUACGAAUUUUUCUAA